UUACGCUUUGGUGCAGUUUCAUUUCAUACACGGACAUGGAACAAAUGCUGCUUAUUUUUCUAUUAUUAACCAAAAUAUGCAAUAUGGAUUGCCUAAAUAUUCGUUAUUCCAUACCAGAAGAGAUGGAAGAAGGAACGAUAAUAGGAAAUAUGGCCUCUGAUAUUGGGCUUAAUGUUGCAAGUCUAUCUAAGAGGAAGCUUCAGCUUGCUUUGGGUUCUGAGAAGGAAUAUUUAAAUAUUAACGAGUCGAACGGCAAUGUAUUCAUUAAGGAGAAAAUCGACCGGGAAUUUAUAUGUGCCUUUAAAAGUGUAUGCGUAAUUAAUACAGAGGUUGUCAUUAAAGACCCUUUUCAAAUAUUCGGCGUUGAAGUGGAAAUUUUAGAUGUGAACGACAACGCUCCUAAAUUUCCAUCGGACUUGACACAAAUAAAUAUAUCGGAAUCUGAUUUGCAAGCUGAAAAAUUUUUUCUAAUGAAAGCUGUGGAUCCCGAUGUUGGAAAUAAUUCGGUAUGUACUUAUUCACUCAAUGAAAACCCUUUUUUUGAAGUGUAUACGGAUGAGUCGAAUUUCGCGUAUUUGGUAAUUAAGAAUGCGUUAGACAGAGAAAUUCAAGCGAUGCAUAAUUUAGUCCUAACCGCUACUGACUGUGGAAUCCCUAAACUGUCAGGGUCUGUUAAUAUCACUGUAAUUGUUCUUGAUAUAAAUGAUAACGCUCCCAUUUUUGAUCAACACGUUUAUGAAGUGAAUGUUAAUGAAAAUGCAGAAGUAGGAGUAAUAGUUACUAAAUUAAAAGCGUCAGACAAAGACGAAGGCCUAAAUGCUGAAUUAAGAUAUUCAUUUAAUGCGCACACAGCACAGCUCGUAAGGGAAACGUUUUCUUUGCAUGAAAAAACUGGUGAAAUCACAGUCCGUGGAACUUUAGACUUUGAAAAAGUGAAAUAUUACGAAUUUUACGUUCAGGCAACGGACAUUGGACCAAAUCCAAUAUCAGGACACUGUAAAAUAUUAAUACACGUUCGAGACAUUAAUGACAACUUUCCAGAAAUUAUCAUUAGGUCUAUUAUAACGUCAAUCCUGGAGAAUAUCCCUCCAGGUACCGAAAUAGCGCUUUUUAGUGUUAAGGAUUUGGACAGUGAAGAAAACGGAAAGGUAGACUGUUAUAUUUCAGAGAAUUCAGAUUUUCAGCUUCAGCAGACUACAGAAAAUUAUUACGCACUUAUGACAUCUGAGCCUAUGGAUCGAGAAACCAAUCCUAGAUAUAAUAUCACCAUAGUAGUUAAGGAUAAAGGAAGCCCUCCUUUGUCAAAUAGUACAACCAUAUUGAUAAAUCUAAUUGAUGUAAAUGACAAUCCACCACGGUUUAUAUAUGAUUCAUAUAAAAUUACUGUUUUAGAAAAUAAUAUCCCUGGUUCACUGCUGUGUUCUAUAACUGCUAAUGACCCUGAUGAAAAGGAAAACAGUGUUCUUAAGUAUUCAUUUCAGAAAGAUGGAGACACCAAUAUGACAUUAAGAUUAUUUUCCAUUAACCAGAACAAUGGGAAUAUUUAUGCACUACAAUCUUUUGAUUAUGAAAAGGACACAUCUUUUGUAUUUCGAGUUGAGGCUAUUGACUCAGGCUAUCCUCCUCUGAGUAGCAGUGUAACAGUCACCAUAACUGUUCUUGACGAAAAUGAUAACACUCCGAUUAUUGUUUCUCCUUGGCGACCACAUGGCUCUGUAGCCUCAGAGAUGAUACCUGGCUUUGCUGAAGAAGGAUAUCUAGUUACGAAAGUAAUAGCAAUUGAUGAGGAUUCAGUGCAAAAUUCACGAAUUACCUACCAACUGCUUCAAAUUACUGACCAGACCUUGUUCACCCUUGAUCGAUACAAUGGUGAACUUCGAACCAGAAGACGUCUUGGCCAUAGGGAUUCAUCCAAACAAAGGUUAGUCAUCCAGGCCAAGGACAAUGGAAGUCCUUCUCUUUCAUCGACUGUCACAAUAUUCAUAUCAAGAUUUGAUCCAGAGUCAGAAAGUCUGCUAACUUCCAAUGAUGAGAUUAUGGAGCCAUAUAACUUUUUAUCUUUAAAUAUGUAUUUGAUUAUUGGACUAGCUGUUGUUUCUUUUAUAUUCCUUCUCACUCUAAUAAUCCUUAUAAGUAUUAAAUGCCAUCACAGUCCAGUUCAAAACAACCAAAAAUCUUCACAUAACAUAAACUGUUACAACCAAAGGAAUUCAGUGAUCUCUGAACUGCCUGCAAAUUCAACGCUGAUUUCUAGUGAUGCCUACUGGCACAGUGUGCUUUUAGCGGAAUCAAGGAAAGGAAAGAUGCUUGUGAGGCGGUCCAUACCUGAUGGAACUGGCUUUAUCAUCUCCAGUUUAGAGAGGAACUUGGGACAGGGAGCCAUAAAUGACAUGUGUCAAACACCAGUGGAGCUGAAUGGAUGCCCCAUAGAAACAGCCCUUCAGAUUAGGGUACAGGGGAUAGUUAAACACCUUCUGUAUAUCCUAAGUGUAGAAGAAGAAAAGUUUGAAUGUGCAUCUGUUAUCUCUUGCACCAUAAGUCUUCAAUUCUCCAUUAACAAUAAUGGCUACAUUUCUUCUGUAGUUGAUGUUGAAGUUUCUAUGGGACUCUACAGCCCAUUCACAUUAUUUUCUACAAUAUGCCGAUUUGAUUGUGUGAAUAUUCGUUAUUCUACACAAGAAGAAAUGGAAGAAGGAACAGUAAUAGGCAAUAUAGCUUCAGACAUUGGGCUGAAUGCUGCUAGUCUGUCUAAAAGGAAGCUACAGCUUGCUUUCGGUCCCUGGAAGCAAUAUUUGAAUGUUAACGAGUCAAACGGAAUUUUAUUUAUUAAGGAGAAAAUCGACAGGGAAUUCAUAUGCGCAUUUAAACCGGACUGCUCUAUUAAUAUGGAGGCUGUUAUUAAAGACCCCUUUCAGAUAUUCGGCAUUGAAGUGGAAAUAUUGGAUGUAAACGACAACGCUCCGAAAUUUUCCCACCUCUCGACUCAGGUAAACAUUUCAGAAUCUGCUUUGCAAGGGGAAAGAUUUUUACUGAUGAAAGCCGAGGAUCCCGAUGUUGGCAAUAAUACGCAAGAGACAUCGGGCCUAGUCCAUUAG